CAUAUAGUGGUUCCUUUAAUCUGUACUUCUCUGUCUUUAUCGCGACCUGCUUAUUUGCUUUAGAUUCCCAGAUUAAGCAGGGCAGAUUUGACUCACUACAGAAAAUCGUUGAUAGUAAUUUUUGCGACUUAUUUCGGGCAAAAUUAAGCUAUUGUUUGACUGUUUUGAUUCGAAAUUGAGUGCCUCUACAUGUCUUCAGUGAACAUCACUCGGACUGAGCUUCUAGUCGACGUUGAAUUGGUUUCUGUCGAAGCAACUUCGACUGCACUUGUAGAAAACAACUCGACCGAGGAACAGCCGUUACAUCAUAAUAGUCGUAGUCAUUCUAACGGCGCGGUCGUGAAAAGUUAUCAAUCUACUGCACCAACUGCUAAAACCAGAACCACAUCCUCUACUUCAGAUGAUUCAGCUCUUUUGCCUGACGUUGGAUACAGCACCCUACAAAGUGAUUAAGAAAUCUAACUAUCAAACUUGUUGAAUUAUUUCCUUGUGAUGGAAACAAAUUUGUAUUCUACAAGAGGUGUACAGGAGUACCAGCCUUUACUGAACAGUAGAAUGGAGAUUGAUUUGACAUUUAACUAUUUUCCUGAUGAUCCUCAAUUUAGUGAUAUUGUUAGAGCUGCUGAGCUUGCAAUUGAACAUGGAAUCUAUCCUGAGCGGAUAUAUCAAGGUUCAUCUGGAAGUUACUUUGUAAAGGAUGCUGAAGAAAAAGUAAUCGGCGUCUUCAAGCCAAAAGAUGAAGAACCCUACGGCCGUUUGAAUCCAAAGUGGACUAAAUGGCUUCACAGUUUAUGUUGUCCCUGUUUAUUUGGGCGAUCAUGUUUGGUACCCAAUCAGGGCUAUCUGUCAGAAGCAGGUGCCUCUAUCGUUGACCAAAAGCUUGGGCUCAACGUCGUGCCAAGGACCAAAGUCGUCAUGCUUGUCAGUGAAACCUUUAAUUAUUCUAGAAUAGAUCGAGAAAAGUCGCAUGUAAAAAAACUAGUCUCAGAUCACUUCCCAAGCGUUGGCAGACGAUUUCAUCGCAUCGGAUUACCACCUAAAGUGGGCUCUUUUCAGCUAUUUGUUGAAGGAUAUAAGGAUGCUGAUUACUGGCUGCGGCGUUGGGAAUCUGAUCCUCUUCCUGAAACCAUAAAGAAAAAUUUUCAGUUUCAGUUUGAGAAAUUAGUUAUCCUUGAUUUUAUCAUUCGUAAUACCGAUCGAGGCAACGACAACUGGUUAAUUAAGUACGAGAAACCCGACGUGAAAGCUACUAAUGAAGAGCAGGAUGACUGGUCGAUAGUUAAAAUGCCGGAAGUGAAGAUAGCUGCAAUUGAUAAUGGUUUGGCGUUUCCUUUCAAACACCCAGAUUCAUGGAGAGCCUACCCAUUCCACUGGGCUUGGCUGCCCUACGCCAAAAUCCCGUUUUCAACAGAGAUCAAAGAUUUAAUAUUGCCUUUGAUUUCUGACAUGAAUGUUGUCCAAGACUUAUGUGAUGAACUUUACAUGAUCUUCAAGGAAGAUAAGGGGUUCGAUCGUCACAUGUACGAACGCCAAAUGGGCGUCAUGCGAGGACAAUUGCUCAAUCUGAGCCAAGCUUUGAAAGACGGAAAGUCUCCUGUCCAGUUGGUACAGAUGCCUCCAGUCAUCGUGGAAAGAUCCAAGGGUCACGUCGGGACUACCGCUGCGUUCCGGAACUUCAGCGAUACUUUUACUCAACGUUUCCAGUAUAAAGGCCCAGUUUUUUCUUGGUGGUAGAAAUUAGGGGAAAAAAAUAUCUUUCUACAUGGUAACUGAAUCCCUCUCGCUACUUCGACAAAUGAAAGGAUGUAUAGCAUUUCAUCUGUUGAGAGAAGGGAUACAAAAGCGUCUCCAGGAAGUCACGCGUCCACCAGUAUACAUACGAUUCGUUUACCUUGAUUCAAUUGUCGAUAAUAUUUCAAUCAUGCUUUACGCAUUUGUUGAUUGCCACGUACGCCGAACCUAAGUCAUGAGAAAAUGGUACAGUAUAUUUUUCCUCUUGGAUGAUCACACCGGACUGUUUUGAUUCGCGAACGUAAUCACUAUUUUUUUAUUCGCGGCUGUUCGGUGGAUUUCCAACAAAAAGCAUGGUAUGUCGGUAUGGUCGGUUAAUUUUUGCCAGCGGUAGCUCUUGUUCGGCUCUUCCUAAAUCAGAAUAGGUAGGCCACCUAUUCCGGUUUUGUUUUUUCUCCUCUAGCAUAUUAUAAUGACUUAUUGUACACAUACAACAUGCUUACAUCUUAAAAAUACAUACACCAUUCCUCAAUCAAAAAAAUAUAGAUGGAGAAGCAAACAUUCAGAUGAUGUGUACGGUUAGUGUCGUUUUUUGUGACCACCAACUAACAUAAUCAACUUUUUCGUUUUUAAGGCAGUGCAUUCAACCUUUGUCCUAAUCGAAUAUACCGUUUGUAAUUGGCAUGAUACAAUAUUGCUUAAUUA